GGCGGACACGCGCCAGUUAUCAUUGGGCGUGCGCAGCUCCGCGCUUCCGUAAAGCAGUGACAAAGAUGGCGGCCUGCGCCGCAUCAGGACACGUCAUAGUUCCCCGCAACUUUCGGCUGCUGGAGGAAUUGGAGGAAGGUCAGAAGGGAGUGGGUGACGGUACAGUGAGCUGGGGCCUUGCAAAUGAUGACGACAUGACGCUAACUCACUGGAAUGGCACGAUCAUCGGCCCUGCCAAGACUGUCUAUGAAGGCAGGAUAUAUUGUCUGAAAAUAGAAUGCGGAUCCAGAUACCCAGAGACUCCCCCUCAAGUCCGCUUUUUAAACAAGAUCAACAUGAACUGCGUUCACGUUUCAAAUGGUGUGGUGGAAGCAAAGUCAUUGUCAUCGCUGUCCAGGUGGAAAAACUCCUUCACCAUCCGGAUGGUGCUGCAGGAGCUCAGACAGCACAUGACGCUGAAAGAAAACAACAAGCUUUCCCAGCCGCCUGAAGGCCAGAUGUACUAAGGCACCUGCUGCUCGCCACACACACGGACACACACAGACACACACACAGACAGACAGACACACACACACACACACACACACACGCAUAGCAUCCUAAACACCUAACACUGACUGUACCACUUUCAAACUACACAACCAUGAUGUUAUUGAAGACUCUCGACUCCCACUUCCUCCCUCAGGAGCCUCCCAUUGGACAGAGAGAGGGAUGUGCACCCAGUGCCCAGUCAUCCAUCAAAGGUCACGGUGCAGACCAGACAUUACAAAAAAAAAAAUUACUGUACAUCUUACCUAUGUUAUUUUUUAUUAUCUUUGUGUUCUACAUCCAGAUUGUAAAAUAACAAAUGACCUGAUUGAGUGUACCAAUUAUGUGUGUGCCCGCUGGAUUCUUCACAAGUGGCGACAGUUAGUCCAUGUUAUAUAGGUAUUGUGGGAAGGGAUUUGAAUUAACCCACUGCUCGGCCAAACAUAUAUUGCUCUGUACUCCAACCAAAAUGUUUUAACAUCUAGAUCUGGAUUGUUUUUGAAAUGACAAACCAGCAUCUUGCAGUAUGCUGAAAUAGAUUCCCCUCAUAGAGAAACAAUGUUCCCAACACAAUGCUUUGCUUGGCCUCCCAGGUUAAUCUCAAAUUCCCCAGCUUCCGCAAUCCCGACGAUGUGAAUUUCACGGGCCUUCCUUAUGAAUGCAUGCCCGGUACAUGGGAAUAAACUGCUACUAGACAUUCAGUAACAUAUGUAUCAACAGGGCACUGCUGGCUCAUCACUCAUGUUCUCAGACUUGUCUUCUGUGUGCCAUAUGGUUCAUAGCGCUUUGUGAUGGUGAUUGAUUAUUAGCAGCCAGUGGGAGGGGGAUAGGGAGGGGGGCUACAGGUCCCUGUGCUUUCUUUAUUCAGAGAGCAUAGUUUGUGUGCUUGGCACCUUUUCAGGGUCACCACUGUACUGAGCAGGAGGAGCUGUGAUUUUUUUGUUGCUGUUUUUGGGUUCUUGUUUUGGUUUCUUUAGUCUCUGGGCUGACCUGUGUAUACUCCAUGGAGCCGUCUCUUCUCUCAUACAGUGAAUGCCCACUGAAUGCAAUGUACGGCUUUGGAUGUUUAUUUUAUAACAGGUUGAAUCUAAUCAGGGUGAUGGUGACCUGUUGCAUGGUUUUAUUUGAAUUAAACGUUAUUACUUUUGCA